CCCCGGGGGGACAGCCUGAGACCUGCGUCUCUGAUUGCUGCUUGGACACGUCCGUCUGGCUAAGCCUAGACGUCCGAAACCUUCCCUCAAAACUCACCUCUCUUAGUGCAGGUUGGGUUGACCUCACAAAUCCCACUACGGCCCCGCAUCCUCGGGGGUCGCCCCAGUCUGUCUCGGCGCGGGGCCGGCUGGUGGGACGGCCCCUCCCAGAACGCCCCGCGGGCGGGUGCGGGGAGCGCCCGGGAACUACAACUCCCAGGAUUCUGCGCGCCCUCGGGGGCGGGGCUUCCUGGCGGCGGCGCCAGCGGAGAAGAGAUGGCCGAGGCGCCGGGCUCGGGCCGCCGCGCGCUGUACAAAGCGGUGGGCUCACCGCCGUGGAAAGAGGCUUUUCGGCAGGUGGGCGUGGGGUUUGGGAAACCUCGGCUGGGUCGUCGUCACUCCCCUUAUCCGCCCGGGCCGCCGCCGUCCCGCGUGCCGGGCGAGGGAUGCCUGGAGAGAAUGAGAAACAGCCGCGACAGGCUUCUCAGCAGAUACCGCCAGGCCGGAGGCAGUGUGCCAAGGAGAGCUCAGAGCAGCCUGCUGGUGCGGGAGGUGAUGGAGGAAGAGUGGAGCGCUCUGCAGUCCGUGGACAGCUGUCCGGAGGGCUUGUCCCAGCUGGAGGAGCUGCUGGACCUGGCUGUGCUCGAGGAAAUCCAGCAGGAGCUGGCUGAACAAGAACGGUGCAUCCUGAGCGAGUAUGAGACGAGCCUGCAGUUUGAUGAGAAGUGUCUCAGCGUCAUGCUGGCCGAGUGGGAAGCAAACCCCCUCAUCUGCCCUGUGUGCACAAAGUCCAACCUGAGAGUGUCAGGAGGCGUGGUCGCGUGUCCGUGUGGCCUGUACCUCUCCUCGCACUCUCCGGAGUUGACGGAGCCGAAGCUUCGGGCCUGUUUAGAGGACAGCGUGAACGAGCACAGCGCACACUGUCCCCACACGCCUGCGUUUUCAGUCACAGACGGGACGGAAGAAAAGCCCAGUCUUCUCAUGAGCUGCGUGAUGCUUAUAAAUGCCGUUUAGUCUCUGGAAUUUACCUGCAUCGGAGAGUGGAGGCUUGUGAUACGUGGGCUGUGAUCGUCUAGAGCUGGCCUCCGCUUCUCGUUCUCCUGGGGAGCACGACGCGCUCGUCUGAGACCGGCCUUGUAAAUACCAGCCUUUAAUUUAUAACUUAUUUCGUAUUAAAAUUUUCAAACUCUC